UGUCAUGUGGAGAGUGUGAGAAAGUGAGGUACAUGGAGGAAGAAAAAGAGAGUUGAAGCAAGGUUGAGUUUCACUAACCUUGUAAAAGCAUAGGCUUUUCCCCAAUUCGGAGCUGAGGCAUAAUUUAGAGUUGAAGAAGAUGGAGGAAGAGCCCCCGAUCUACCGACUCCCCCACGACACCCUCCACCAGAUCUUCUCCUCCCUCCCCCUCCGCCAGAUCAUCCUCUGCCGCUCCCUCUCCAAAUUCUUCCUCCACCUCCUCUCCACCCCCUCCUUCCUCCACCUCCUCUCCACCACCCUCCCCCCCCCCCCCCCCCCCCCCCCCCCCCACCCCCCCCCCCACCACCACCACCACUCCCCCCUCCCCCUCUUCGACCCCGACCACAACACCUGGCUCCACUUCCCCCUCGACUUCCUCCCCUUCCACUCCCCCCUCCCCGUCGCCUCCUCCCCGGGCCUCCUCUACCUCUGGGCCCAACCCCAACCCCAGGCCCAAGCCCAAGCCCAAGCCCAAGCCCAUCCCACCAACACCAACACCAAAUCCCUCCUCGCUUGCAACCCCCUCACCCGCACCUUCCGGCUCCUCCCCCACCUGGGCUCGGCCUGGUCGCGCCACGGCACCGUCCUGGUGGACUCAAACCAGCGCGUGAUGGUCCUAACCGAACUAGCCGCUCUCUACUGCCAGCCACACUCAACAAAGUGGCUCAAAUUCUCCUCCAACCUACCUUCGAAGCCUCGUAGCCCUCUCCUGAUGAACGACUCCGCCUACGCCCUCUGCGACGUCGGCUCCCCCUGGCGCAGCCACUGGAAGCUCUACACGUGCCGCCUCGCCGCCGCCUCCGCCUCCCCCUGGCACCGCCUCGACCGCCCCCACUGGGGCGACGUCCUCGACGUCCUCCGCCGCCCCCGCCUCGUCCGCGGCCUCGGCAACCGCAUCCUCAUGGUCGGCGGCCUCAAGUCCUCCUUCGCCCUCAACGCCCCCUGCUCCACGCUCCUCGUCCUCCGCCUCGACCUCGACACGCUCCGCUGGGACGAGGCUGCGCGCAUGCCGCACGACAUGUUCAAGUGCUUCCGCGACUCCACCAAGUUCAAGGCCUUCGGCGCCGCCGACCGCGUCUGCUUCUCCGCCAAGCGCAUCGGGAAGCUCGCGCUCUGGGACCGCCACGCCGCCGACGGCGUUGAGUGGCGCUGGAUUGAUAACCUCCCUGGGAAUGGCGACGGGCUCUACCGCGGGUUCGUGUUCGAAGGGAGGCUCAAUGCUGUGCCCUGACUCAGGAUUUAGGGUUUAUGCUUCGAAAUUGGAAAGUCUUGAUGGGGUGGGACUCUGGUACUGAUCCAGAGGUGGAUGGUCAUGAAUAAGAAAAGGGUGAGUUUUGUGAAGGAAGGGUUGUAUGGCUUGAACACAAAAGCCUAAUUUUAUGUAGGUUUUAGGAAGUUAGCAUUGAUCUGUGGUAAACAAGGAGAAUCUUGCAUUAUUUGAAUGACCAGUUAAGCACAUUCCCUUCCAAGUUAACUGCAAACUUAAUUUAUCAUUUCCUGAUGGAUUUUGAAUGGCAUGACCUUGGAUGUGAGUCUUCUAUUGGUUUAUUCUUUGUUAGAAUGAUCUAAUCAUUGAAAUAAAAGUUCAAGCCCUUUCAACCCCAUGUUUUGCACCACUUAUUCUGAAGUUAUUGGCUA